UUCCCCAGUUUUCUAUCUGUUUUUUUCUUCUUUUUUUUCACUCUCAACAUUUUUAAACCCAUAAUUAACAACUAGAAAUAUGUUUGAAAAUAUAGAUUUUGAAAAUGAUUAUGCCCUUCUUGAAUCAAUUAAGCUUCAAUUACUUGAAGAUUGGGAAUGGGAAAAUCCAGUAACAAGCUCAGAUAAUUCAACCUCAACUUAUAGCCGAAACAAUAGUAUUGAGUCUAAUAAUUCCUUAUCGAAUGAUUUUGAUUAUUCAACUGACAAAUUUCUUUCCGAUUUGCUUAAUGAUAAUGACGUUGGAUAUGGAUCGGAUCCUGUAAUCCCAAAUGUGAAAUCGGAGCCUGAAAUUUGGAAUUUCGCGGAAUUUGCGGCGGCGACGCAGUAUACGGUGGCGGAGGUGAGAGUGGAACCACCACCACAACCUGUAGUGACAGCGCCGCCACAGACGGUGCCGACGGCGAGGCACUAUAGAGGUGUGAGACAGAGACCUUGGGGAAAAUUUGCGGCGGAAAUUAGGGAUCCGGCGAAAAAUGGGCAAAGAGUGUGGUUGGGUACGUAUGAGACGGCGGAGGACGCAGCGUUUGCUUAUGAUAAAGCGGCGUUUCGCAUGAGGGGUUCACGUGCAAUGCUGAAUUUCCCACUGAGGAUUAAUUCUGGUGAGCCGGAACCCAUUAGAGUCAGGUCGAAGAAGUCAUCAAUGUCGCCGGAAUGUUCUUCAUCGUCGUCAUCGGAUAAUGCGCCGGGGAAGAGGAGGAAGACGGUCCCUCAAGUGGUAUAAAAUGGGUCGGGUCGGUUUUCUCACGGAUCAAAUAUCUGAGCUUGGAUAGUUUGGUAAGACCUAUGAGAUAAACAAAGAUAUUUUAUGAGAUUCUAAAAUCAUCAAUUCAAUCGUGUGAUAAAACUAAUCUCAAAAUUAUUAUUUUUUCCCAUAUACCAUUCAAUCCCUAGAGUCGUUUGGUAUUAUGAAUAAGGUAUAAUAAUUUCAAGAUAAAAAUUUUAUUCUACGUUUGAUUGAAGGUAUUAUAUAAUCCUUAGAUUAUUUAUUUUAUCAUUAUGAUUUGAUGAAAUAACUUAUCUUAGGAUUAAUUAUCUCGAAUAGGCAUGUGAUCCUUUUUUAUUUCUUUCUAAGAUAGGCCUGUAGUUGAAUGAAUGAAUUUCCACUGUAAAGUAAUAAGUAAUAACUAUCAUAAUGAUGAAAUUCUUCUUCU